CGUGUCAUUUUCGUCCACGCCGAGACGAGACGAGACAGUCGGGCGACGGGACAGCAGCUGCAGCCUGCACUGCAGCACAGCCGUCAGCCGCCUCCCCAACCUCCCGCCGCCGCCGCCGCCGCCGCAUCCGCAUGGAGCCCGACGCCGCAGCGGCCGCGGCCGCCGGCGAGAGGGAGGCGGAGAUCGAGAAGGCCUUCCGCGCCCGCCUCCCCGACUUCAGGAAGCAGGCCGACUCCUUAACCCUCGAAGGUGUAAGGAGAGCACUGGAGAAGGACAUGGGCUUGGAGAAACAUUCACUUGACGCCCAUAAAAAGUUCAUAAAGCAAUGUGUAGACAAGGUUUUUUCUGGUUCUGAUGAUGACAAUACGAAUAAUAAUGCACCAGAGAAGGAUGAAGCUAAAGAUGACCGUUCUUCUAAAGAAGAAUCAGAAGAUGCCCAACCAACAUCUGACUCGAACAAAAUUUCCUCCAAUGCUGAUGAGCCGGUGGCAAAAUCCAGUGAGACAGAUAGAGAUCAGGAGGGAGACAAAGAUCAUAGUUCUGGCAGUGACAUUAGUGAAGCUACGAUAAAAAAUGCUAUUGUCAAAAGGGCCUCAUAUUUUAGAGAGAACUCAGAAACUAUUACUUUACAAGGAGUUCGCCGGACUUUAGAAGAAGAUCUCAAGCUUCAGAAGAAAGCUUUGGAUGCUUACAAGUCUUUUAUUUCGACGGAAUUAGACAAUAUUCUUCAAGAACCUGCAAAUGGGACAAAGAAAACUAGUAAAACUGAAUCUCAUAAGGAUUCUGGCCAGAAGACAAGCAAAAACUCUAAGAGAGCUCGUCAAGACUCUGAUACUUCUGAAAUAAAUGAUAGCCAUUGUGAGAGGGGAGACAGUGAUGAGGAUGCAAGGCCAAAAAAGAAAAAGGCUGAAAAGGGCAAAGCUGUAAAAAGGCAGAAAAAAACUACAGUGGAGAAACAACUGUCAAAUUCAAAGGCUAAAAAGGUUGCCAAAAAAGAUUUAGAUAAAAGUAAAGAGCGGAGUGGAUCAGAAGAAGAUAAUUCAAAUUCAUCAGCUGAAGAAGAUAAUAAGAAAAAACGACAAGUAGCUCCAGCUUACGGGAAACGGGUGGAACGGCUGAAGUCAAUAAUCAAAUCUUGUGGAAUGAGUAUCGCACCUACUGUGUAUCGGAAGGCAAAGAUGGCUCCUGAGAGCAAGCGUGAAGCCUGUUUGAUAAAGGAGUUGGAGGAUAUACUUGAAAAAGAAGGAUUGUCAACAAACCCCUCUGAAAAAGAAAUUAAAGCAGUCAAGAAAAGAAAGGAAAGAGCAAAGGAACUCGAGGGCAUAGAUAUGAGCAACAUUAUCACAAGUUCUCGUCGGAGAAGUACAUCGAAUUUCAUACCCCUGCCAACGCCUAAAAUAGUAGCUGAUAGUGAUGAAGAUGACGAAGAAGACGCAGAAGAUGACAAUGAUGAGGAGGUGAAUGUGGAGGGUGGAGAUGAAGGUGACAAUGAUGUUGGAAAAGCUGGCGAUGGAUCUGCUGAUGAUGCUGAGCACGACAGUGAUUGAUUCUUGCGGUUUCUAAGGUGGAAGCAGGCAAUUCUGACCAUGCAAGUUCAUCUCAUGUUGAUUUGGCCUAGACGCCUAGUUGGCUGUCCGUGCGUGGAUGGAGGCAGUUGUUCAGAAGUUUAACUUAUGAGUUUAUUCUGUUUAUUCGAAACAUAUUCUUUAGCUCUAGCGUUGGUGAAACAUUAGCGCAGAUGAUUCUUGUAGCUCCCAUCUCAUUAUUAUGUAUAAUAUAUAUCAGGUUUGUUAUCUGAAUUUUCGAUCGUGUAUUCCUGUAGACUCUAGUUUGAAAGCGGCGUGACAUUCCUGUAUCGGACAGUUAUUUUAUUAGUUCAUCACUUAUAGUGUUAUUUUAGAGGAGGAA